CGAGUUGAAGACACACUUGCCUCAAUUAGUUCAGUUGCUUUCUGUUUGUUGUAUACGUUCGUCCUUAGUCUAGUGUUGUUAUUGUACCAAAAUAUUACAUAGGCACCAUUGUAUUUAAUUUUAAUAUCUUCAAAUUAUUCUGUUUUAUUUUAGCCACUUAAAAUGUGACUCUGCCAGACUGCUGCUGACUGACCAUUUUUGGUCAGGAUAUUGGCUUUUUUUAAAGACUUCGAUCAUACUCAGUGAAGUCCUAAAAAUCUCUAAAGACGCACGGACGUUGAUGAAACUUUGUAAGGUGCUAAAUAAGUUGGUGUAGAAGUGAUUACUGUGAUAUCAAAAUGAAGAAAUACUACUACUUCUUUGGAGAGGGCAGUGUGGUGAACCAAGUGAUAUGUGCUGUAUUGAUCAACAUUCCUGUGUUUGCCUAUGGAGCGAGCAUAGGCUGGAUGUCUCCUAUGACCCUCCUGCUGCAGUCCACAGACUCUCCUAGAGGCACUCCUUUAUCAGACUACGAGAUAUCAUGGAUGGCAGCGUGUUCAUACCUGGUCUGCGUACCUGCAGACUUCUUGAUGGUGUUCCUGUGCGACAAGAUUGGACGAAAGCCUACAUUGCUGAUAUUAUCGGCGUCUUGUGUGGGCUGCUGGGUAAUAAAGCUCUCCUCGCUGGAGACGUGGGCCUUCAUCACUGCCAGGGCUCUGGUCGGGAUCACGAUGGGCGGGAGCUACGUCACGUGCCCGCUCUACACUAAGGAGAUCAGUCAAGACUGCAUCAGAGGGUUCCUGGGCUCUUUGGUAAUCCUGUUCCACACCACUGGAAAUCUUUUCCUCUACGUCAUUGGAGACAUCUUGGACUACAACACCGUGCUUUGGAUUUGCUUGUCCAUUCCCACCUUCCAUCUGUUUCUUUUCAUGAUGAUGCCAGAAUCACCAGCAUACUUGGUCAAGAGAGGAAAGCUAGAGGAAGCUACAAGAGUGUUAGCCUGGCUUCGUUGCAGAGAUGAAACAGAUGCUGAAAUAAAGCUCGAAGUAGAAGCAAUUAGAAACGAACAGAAGAUCGAUGCGGAAAACAACAAAUUCGUCCUCAAAGCUAUCGUGACUGACAAAAUCCUGUACAGGGCGUUCAAGAUCUCGAUGGUGGUGGCUCUAGCUAGAGAAGUCUGCGGGGCCAUACCAGUCCUGAACUUUGCUGGCAACAUCUUCGAGAUGGCUUCUGAAGGGUCAGGGUUGGCGCUGACUCCGAACCAGCAGGCGAUGAUGCUGGGAGCUGUGCAGGUGGCUGGAGCGAUGUUAGCUUCGAGCAUAGUGGAGAAGACUGGGCGAAAGCCACUCCUCUUCAUCACAUCCCUGGUCUCUGGGCUCAGCAUGUGCGGCCUGGCGUCCUGGUUCCUGGCCAGGCACUACCAGGUCUACGCCCCGGACUGGAUCCCUAUCGUGACUCUAUGCCUGUGCAUCUUCUGCGAUUCCUCGGGUCUGCAGCCGCUGUCCGUCAUUAUUAUUGGGGAGAUAUUCUCUUUUAAGUAUCGCGGAACAGUGAUGGCAGUCACAAUGGCCUCAUCAUCAGUCAUUGACUUCUUCCAAAUGCUCUUCUUCAAGCCUCUAGCAAAUGCUGUGGGCGUCCACGUGUCUUUCUACUUCUUCGGCUUCAUCUGCAUUCUAGCAUCAGCCUAUGUGCUCUUUGUCAUUCCAGAGACAAAGAAUAAAAGGCUAUCAGAGAUAUAUGACUCUUUGAUGACGACGAAAGAGAGAGCAGCGUCAGACAACUCGAAAAACUUGGAGACAGAGAAAACACGCGUCUGAUUAUUGAAAUAAGUUUAUUGUAUUAGCAAAAUAUAGAUUAUUAGUUUUAUAAAACUCGUGAUUUAAUCUCAAUAUGUAAUAUAAGUAGGUAAAAUAAACAAAGAUAGUAAUA